ACAGUGGGCAAAGCUUCCAUCAGAGACACAGAAACAGAGAAGAAGCGGCAAUUAGGAUCGAAUUCAUUCAUUCAGUUCAUUCAGGUAUUAUUCUAAUUCGCUUCGCAUCUUUUUCAUCACUCACUCAUUCAUACCCUUCUUCUUCUUCUUCUUCUUCUUCUUCUUCUUCUUCUUCUUCUUCUUCUUCUUCUUCUUUCGUUCUAACAUUGCUUCCACUUCAUCAGCACCGUUUCUAUCACUAUCUUACAGGAUCAAGUUAGGGAUUGAACAUCAUGGAUCGACUACAAUCUUCUGCACGGCUCAUGAUUGUUUCGGAUCUCGAUCACACAAUGGUUGAUCACCAUGACACUGAGAAUAGAGGAGAAAGUUUUCAAGCUGAUAUUGUAUGUAGUUCAAGCUGAUAUUGAUCACCAUGACAGUGAGACGAGGUAGAGGAGAAAGUUUUCAAGCUGAUGUCUCUGCUUUUUCACGUGGCGUAGCACAGUCUGUUUCCUCUGGUCCUACACGGAGGGAUUCCUUCCGACAGCGCAAGCCGAAUACCAGCAGACCACCAUCUAUGCACGUGGAUGACUAUGUGGCAAGGGAGAGAAACAUUGAUGGGGUUACUAAUGUAAUAGCAGUGCCACGAACAGGAUCUACUGGUGGGCGACCCCCAUCAAUCCAUGUGGAUGAAUUUAUGGCGAGACAAAGGGAGCGCCAGAACCCUUCAGCAACAGUAGUGGGAGAAGCUGUGGGACAUCUAAAAAAUGCUUCUCCUGUGAAAGCUACAGAUGUAGAGAAGUCAAACAAAUCUAAACAAUUAAAAACAGAUCUUGAUGACGAUCUUCAAGGAAUUGAUAUAGUUUUUGAUGAAGAGGAGUCUGACUCUGAUGAUAAGUUGCCAUUCCUUCAACCAGAUGAUAAUUUACAGCAGCCUGCCCCAGUUAUUGUUGAGCAAAGCUCUCCCCACUCAAUUGUUGAAGAGACAGAAAGUGAUGCUGUUGAUAGUAGUCAAUUUUCUCAUAUGGGUACUCCAUUAGGAUCAAACAUUGAUGAAAAUGCUCAGAGUGAAUUUUCUUCAAAGGUUUCUGGUUCACGACCUGAUAUGCCAUUGACUCGUGAAUCAAGUGUUUCUUCGGACAGGAAGUAUGGUGAGCAGAGUGAUGACACAAGGAUUGUUAAGAUUUCUGGUGGAAAUGAUUCUGCAACAGCAAAUAAUUCGUAUCCGGUGUCUGUUUACAAUAAUCCAUCUGCAACAUCUAUGCAAUUACCAAUUGAUUCAAGGAUUGCUUCUCAGAAUUUCUAUUUAAAGAACAGUCCACAACAUGGUAGUAUUGCUACAGGUUCUCAAGGACUGUAUGACCCUCGAUUUUUUCCGAACCAACCUCCCUUACCACCCAUGCCACCUCCACCAACAGUCUCACCUGUAAUAUCACAUGGUACUGAUUCAGUGCAUGGCCAGUCGUCCUCAUUUGUUAAUUCUCCGGCAGGUGCACGCCGUCCAGUUACAUUCCAAGGACCGUCAGAUUAUUCAUCUCCAUUCAACAAUGGUUCAACGUCAUUUGCAUCUUCUCUUCCCAUGCCAGAUUCCAAAUAUUCGAGGAAUUCUGUAUCUUCCCCUAGUGGACCUAAUAGAUUUGCUCCUCCACUUCCUCCUACACCACCUCCUUAUGCAUCUAGUCCAUAUAAUUUACCAUCUGUCAAAACUUCUGUCUCCCAACCUGCUCCAUAUAAUCAGGCAAGUAUUGGGAAUAAUGAACUUUCUCAGGCAUCCAUUGCUCCUUCAGGAUCCAGAUUGUCAUCCUACCCACCCUCGAUGAUGUCCAUGGGGUACAAUAGGCCAAUGACUGUCUAUGGUAACGCCCCAAAUCAGCAACAGAAUGACAACCAGCCAAGCUUCUUGCAGAGCAUCUCUGUCCCUCAAGCUUCUUUUCAGUCAAUGCAUUCAGUUACUCAGUUGCAGCCACUGCAGCCUCCCCAGCUUUCACGACCUCCACAACCACCUCAGCUCCCUAGGCCCCCUGUUCAAGCUUUACAGCAGUUAGAGCAAGGCAUGGCCAUAAAGAGCAAUGUUCAAGUGCAUGAGUUACAGAUGCUGCAACAGUCUCAGGUUUCUUCAAUGCAGACAUACUAUCAAACCCAGCAACAUCAGUUUUCACAUGAGCAGCAACAGCAGCAAGUUCAAAACAGUCAACAAACGGGUGAUGCUCAACCGCAGGAACAUUCAGAUGUUGGAAUAAAAUUACACGAAUAUUUUUCGUCUCCGGAGGCCAUUCAGUCUUUGUUGAGUGACCGCGAAAAACUUUGUCAGCUGUUGGAGCACCAUCCAAAAUUAAUGCAGAUGCUUCAGGAAAAGAUGAGCCAGAUGUAGAAGCAUAAUGACCAAAUAGAACCUCAGAAACAAAGCUUUUUGCAUAGUUCAUAUCUGUAAAUGUCCUUUCAUUCAUUAAUCACCAUGAGCGGUGGUGAUGUUUGUGCAUUAGCCACCAUGCACCAGCCACCAAAAUUUUGUGUUAAUAUGUACUUUUUGAUAUUGUUUAAUUUGUUCCAAAAUUGAUUCCCAUUUUGGACGGCGAUGAUUAUGGAUGAAGUGAUUUCUGGUGGAGAUAAGAAUGGGGAUGGAUGUUUAGAUCCAAGUAACUGGUCUAGAUGUUGAAUGAAUGGUGCCGUUAUUAUGCUGCUUGUAUUUAGUACUGUACAUAACAAUUGCUCUUUGAAAUGUCAAAAUGUAACAUUCUUUACAUAGUUUUACCUGACGUUGUACCUAGUAAUUUUCUUUCACUUGUUUUAAAUACGGAAAAUGCUAACUAAUACUCCGGAACACUAGUUAAGGAAACCAAAUAUAGUGUCUGUUUGGUAAACAAAAUAAGCUAGCUUAUAGCUUAUUAUAUUAUCUUAUAAGCUUGUUUGAUAAAAUGAGAUAUGUUUGGUAAAAA